CAGUCUCCUCUCUGCCAGUCCUCGACUGCGAAGCGAGUCGGACGGAGCGCCUGGCAUUACACCACCACCACCACCACCACCACCACCGCCGCCCCGCAGCUCUCUCUUUUCUCCCCUCAGUGUUCCCUCUCGUCUCCGCCCGUUCCGCUGCGUCCACACGGCGGCCGCGAAGAUGCCCCGGCACCGUCCUGCCCAGGGAAUGACGUUGUCGCUGCCGGUCGCUUUGUGGAUUUUUUGCCACGUCAACGGUGCGCGCGGAGCUCUGCCAACAGCCCCAAAGUGUGACGAGGCUCUGGCUUCUCCUCUGCCCCACACAGCCUUCACCAGCUCAUCAGUUUUCUCCAGUGGAUACGCACCCGGAUAUGCCAAGCUCAACAGGAGAGGAGGUGCUGGAGGAUGGUCACCUCUGGACAGUGACCAUUACCAGUGGCUACAGGUGGACCUUGGUUCCAGGAAGCAGGUGAGCGCCCUAUCAACACAGGGUCGCUACAGCAGCUCUGAUUGGACCACGCGGUACCGUCUUCUCUACAGCGACACUGGACGGAACUGGAAACCAUAUCACCAAGACGGCAAUAUUUGGGCCUUCUCUGGGAACUCAAAUUCAGAGACCGCAGUUCGCCACGAGCUGCAGCAGGGAAUCGUGGCUCGCUUCCUCAGGCUCGUCCCGCUGGACUGGAGCGAGGAGGGACGGAUCGGUCUGCGCAUAGAAGUCUACGGCUGCUCCUACUGGGCCGAUGUGAUCAACUUUGAUGGACAGGGUGUAAUUUCAUAUCGUUUUAAGAUGAAGAAGAUGAAGAUCAUUAAGGAUGUGAUCGCGCUGAGGUUCAAGACGUCGGAAAGUGAGGGCGUGAUUCUCCACGGGGAAGGACAGCAGGGAGACUACAUCACGCUGGAGCUCCACAAAGCUAAGCUUCUGUUGCAGAUAAACCUCGGCAGUAACCAGUAUGGCUCUAUCCUGGGUCAUACUUCCGUGACCACCGGCAGCCUCUUGGAUGACAAUCACUGGCACUCGGUGGUGAUCGAGCGCUACCGCCGCAACGUCAACUUCACCCUGGACAGACACACUCAACACUUCAGAACGAAUGGAGAGUUUGACCAUCUAGAUUUGGACUAUGAGUUGAGUUUUGGAGGGAUGCCAUACAGUGGGAAGCCUGUGGGAGGAGGGAGGAAGAACUUUAAAGGCUGCAUGGAGAGCAUCAACUACAACGGAGACAACAUUACAGACCUGGCCCGCCGAAAGAAGCUGGACACCUCCAGCUUUCGUAACCUGUCCUUCUCCUGCGUGGAGACCCACACCUUCCCGGUCUUUUUCAAUGCCACCAGCUUCCUGCAGCUGCCAGGCAGAGCUGGUCACAACACACUGUCUGUGGGUUUCCACUUCCGCACGUGGAACCCCGACGGACUCCUCCUCUUCAGUAAUCUUGACGACGGCACACUGGAGAUCUCCCUGGAGGACGGCAAGAUCGUAGUUCAUAUCAACGUGUCAACGGCGACCAGAAACAGCCAGGUGGACUUGUCGUCAGUUCCAGGCUUUAAUGAUGGACAAUGGCAUGCGGUACGUUUGGUCGCCAAGGACAACUUUGCCGCGUUGACGAUAGACGGUGAAGAGGCCUCUGCUGUGCACUCUACCUCACCACUCACCAUCAACACAGGGGGAACCUAUCACUUGGGAGGGUAUUUUCUACAGACCCUGUUCCCACCCUCCCGGCGUUCCUUCCAGGGCUGCAUGCAAGCAAUCCUGGUGGAUGACCAACCUGCUGAUUUGCAUGCGGUGGAAAAGGGCAUUGUGGGAGCGUUUGAGAAUGUCAGCCUGGACAUGUGUGCAAUCCUUGACAGGUGUAUGCCCAAUCACUGUGAACACGGCGGCCGGUGUAAACAGUCGUGGGACAGUUUCAGCUGUACCUGUGAUGGAACAGGAUACAGUGGAGCCACUUGUCACACCUCCAUCUAUGAGCCAUCAUGUGAGGCCUAUAAGCAUUUGGGCAGGUCCUCUGACACCUACUGGAUUGACCCUGAUGGCAGCGGACCCCUUGGCCCCUUUAAAGUCAACUGCAACAUGACAGAGGACAAAGUGUGGACGACAGUUAUGAACAACCUGCCACCUAAAACUGCAGUGACCGGCUCCAGUAGAGAGAGACGCACCGUGCUACAGGUCAACUACAGUGCCUCUAUGGACCAGGUGACUGCCAUCACCACCAGUGCAGAAUACUGUGAGCAGCAAAUCGUCUACAGCUGUCAAAAGUCCAGACUGCUCAACACUCCAGAUGGAACCCCCUACACGUGGUGGGUGGGCCGGGGCAGCGAGAAGCACUUCUACUGGGGAGGCUCAGGACCUGGCAUCCAGAAAUGUGCCUGUGGCAUCGACAGGAACUGCACCGACCCCAAGUAUGACUGCAACUGUGACGCCGACCUCGCACAAGUGAAAGAAGAUUCCGGUUUCCUGGUAUAUAAGGAACACCUGCCCGUCAGCCAGGUUGCCGUGGGUGACACCAACCGACCGGGAUCUUUGGCCAAGCUGACUGUCGGACCGCUCCGUUGCCAGGGAGAUAAUAACUAUUGGAACGCUGCGUCGUUCACCACCCCGUCGUCCUACCUGCACUUUGCCACCUUCCAGGGUGAGACCAGCGCAGACAUCUCCUUCUAUUUCAAGACCAGCGCACCCUACGGCGUCUUUCUGGAAAACCUGGGCAACACUGACUUCAUCCGUUUGGAGCUCAAAUCUCCGAAGGUGGUCUCCUUCUCGUUCGAUGUUGGAAACGGGCCGAUCGAGUUGACGGUGCAUUCGGCCAUGCCCCUCAAUGACGACCAGUGGCAUGGUGUGAUGGCUGAGCGAAACGUAAAAGAGGCCGUCCUUCAGUUGGAUCAGACCUAUCGGGCAUCUCGGCUUGCUCCUGCGCAGGGGCACACGAGGCUGGAGCUUUUCAGCCAGCUCUACGUGGGGAAACCAGCCUCGCUCACCUGCCAAGACAGUGCCGCAGGGGGACAGAGGGGUUUCUUGGGAUGCAUCCGAGCCCUACGGAUGAACGGCAUCACCCUAGAUCUGGAGGAGAGGGCCAAGGUCACGCCGGGGGUCAAACCCGGUUGCCAGGGCCACUGCACCAGUUUUGGAAUGUAUUGCCAGAACGGCGGGAAGUGUGUGGAGAGGUACAACGGCUACUUGUGCGACUGCACCGCCGCUGCCUAUGACGGCCCCUUCUGCACCAGAGAUGUUGGGGGUUUCUUCGAGGCUGGAACGCUGAUCAAGUACAACUUCAUGCCCGAAGCAGUUGCGGGAGCCAGUCGGGAUGCAAAGAUCCUGACGCACCAGCUGACGCCACACGAAGUGAAUCUGACAAAGGAGGAAGUUGCUUUCAGUUUCAGCACAUCGAGUGCCCCUGCCAUUCUGAUGUAUGUAAGCUCCAGGACGCAGGACUAUCUGGCUGUGGUGUUGAGGCAAAAUGGUUCAAUGCAGGUGCGGUAUAACCUCGGUGGUCUGCAGGAACCAUUUGCUAUUGAUGUGGACCAGCGUAACCUGGCCAACGGACAGCCUCACAGCAUUAACAUGUCUCGUGUCAACAGAAGCAUCACCAUCCAGUUGGAUCAUUACCCUCCAGUGAGCUACACCCUCCCACUCGCCUCAGACACACAGCUCAACCUGGUCAAGACGCUGUUCUUGGGCAAAGUCUAUGAAACCGGACACAUAGACCCGGUCCUCAUCGAGCGCUACAACACCCCGGGCUUUGUCGGCUGCUUGUCCCGAGUGCAGUUCAACGGCGUCGCCCCCCUCAAGUCUGCGCUGAGAGCAGCCAAACAGGCCCGGGCCACACCGACAGCCGGCCAGUCGGACAGACAACCCGCUGUCGCGUCGCCAGUUUCGCACCAAGGCAAGCUGGUGGAGUCCAACUGCGGGGCGUCACCUCUCACCAUCCCACCAAUGUCUGCUGCAACGGAUCCCUGGCAUCUGGACAACACAGAUGCAGAAUUCCCAUUUAAUGAGGAGCGAGUGAUCCCCGAUGGAGUCAACAGGGACUCGGCCAUCAUUGGAGGUAUCAUUGCGGUGGUAAUAUUCACCAUCUUGUGCACUCUGGUGUUCCUGAUCCGCUACAUGUUCCGCCACAAAGGCACCUACCACACCAACGAGGCCAAGGGCAGCGGCGGCGAGUCCGCGGGCGAGUCCGCGGACACGGCCAUCAUUGGCACCGAUAACCCCGAAACCAUCGACGAAUCGAAAAAGGAGUGGUUCAUCUAACGGCCGGUGACAGGGACUCGGAGAGAGGAAGUGAUUUGUCGGAAUGACAGUUGCCACAGAAACGCAGGAGGUAUUAUUCAGUGACCAGAGAUGGGGGAGAGAUGGUCGAAUGGCCAAUCAAGCUGGACAAUAAUCUCCCGGAGACGACGGUGAUUUGGGAAAGAUGUGUAUAGGAGUGUUUUGUUUUUCUUUGAUUGUUUGUUUUGUUUGUUUGUUUUUUUUAUAUAUCCAGAGUAUUAGAAAAGAGAGCGGUUAUUCAGUGGGGCACAGCUGUAAGAGACUGUACAUGUAUAUACUAACCGGCUUGUCCUUCUUUGUAUCGUGCUUGGGAGUUUUCAGGAGUUAUUUGAAUACUGUAUAUGACAAAUAAUUAUACUUACUGGGUCAUGUGAUAGCACAGGUUUAUUGCCAGUCUCUUUUGCGUUUGAAUUAAUUUUUAAACAAAAUCUUAUGUCAUAAAUGAUCGUAUCAACAUGCCAAACCCGUUUUUUUUUUAAAUAUAUAUAAUUAAUCAGGCUUUGGUUGCACCAGCCUGUCAACCCUCAUGUCUGUCAAACGACAUGCCACUAAUACUGCGGUAAUAUAGAGCUGAAUAUAGAUGCCAAAAUUCACUUUGUAAAUACAAUAUUUUGUUGUUCUUUUCCUUGUUUUUUUUCUCAAAAAGAUUUAUUCAAAGUCCAAAUACAUAAACAUUAAUGAGAAAUGUAAGAUAUAUAUUACAAUUAUAUCAUGAGUAUGUCCAUUAUAUAUGUGUGAAGUAUAGAGUUUUAUGUUUAAAUUUUAUGACAUUGGAUUGUACGGGACAUUCCUCUCUGAGGAGGGGCAGACAGGGGUUUCUCGGUGCAUCAUGGGAAAUCGUGGCGCUCCACGGUCGGCUUGGUUCAGCACGGCAGCUUUCUUUUUUCAUUCGGAAUCGGUGAAACCGCGAGCCUUUACUCAUUUACACAUGAGACGUUGGUUUGUUUUUCUUUUGCCAAACACUUGAGUCUUACGUCCUCCACCCAGUCGUCUCAAAUUUUUUUAAUUUUGUCAUUUUUCAUUGAAUGUGUGACUUUUGAGUUAAGGGGUUUCUUUGUGCUUCUUUAGAUCUUUGACUGACGUUGUGGGCCGUGGGUUAACAGUGCGUGCAUGCGUCUGUGGUAAUAUAUGUGCAGGUCAGAUCGAACAACAUGCCUGACACUUGAUGAGCUCUGUUGAUGCACUAAAAACACCGUGCAUUAAGUGGUGGAAGCAGUGUAAAAACAAAAACAAAAUAUGAUUGACAGCUAAUAUUUAUUCAAAAUCUGGGACAAGGUUAAGAUGAUAAUUGGUUUUACUUCCCGUCCAUUGUGCCUUCAAGGUCUCGAGCCAUGUCGCCUUGCCCCCAGUCUUGCUACAAGAAGCCUGAACUUUACUGCUGCUGAGUUUUCAGCUGUUGUCUCUGUCCUGAUUUGGAAUGGCUUUGCGUUUCCCACUAAUCUCAAUCAAACUUUGAGUUUAAAAUCUGGCACAUUUCUUUUUUAAUCACACACACCUUAUGAAUAGCUUAGCAGGAGCAGCUACAUUGAUGCACAUUGAUGAAGAGCUGCACACCGCGCAAUACGCAAGAGAUGCAGUUUCUGCGACACAUACACACACACACACACACACACACAAACAUGCAUGUUCGAUCGAGCACAAGUCAAGGUUGUUCACUCAGUUGCGAGAGCAGCAUGUUCAGAGAGGCUCCUGCUUUGUGAGCAAUGGAUUGAGCCUCGCUCGCUGCCACUGUUGUCCAACGUGUUCAGAAAAUAUAUUCAUUUUUAUUUUCUAACCAUGUUGUCUUCCUGUCAGUUAUGUUCCCUGCGCUUCCACGCCAUUGCUUUCACAGCACAAUGUGUUACAGUCAUAUAAGCAGCUGCCAACUCUUCUGUUUCAUUGUGAAUUUGCUUCUUAUGUUUUCGAAGUCUGUGUGGUCAAAUUGCUGCCAUGGCACCUCGUUACAUUGUACAUGAUUUUGUACUUCAUCGCCGACACCGCCGCCUCGUGUUCGAUCACUGACUGCGCGUCACUUUAUCGGAGACAGCUAGCGAACUCAGCCCGCCUUCUACUGCAGCCUCUAAGAAGACUUUCUCCAUUUACAUACAACAAUCCACGAUGAAGGCACAUGAGUGAAUCUACUUUACUUUUUCUUUUCUUUUUAUAGUUAUAUUACUCAGACCAUACAAUAAUGCCCUUAAUAUGUUGUUUGAAUAUGAAACAACGAUGAUAAUAGAUUCUCAGCUCCAGCAGACAAAACCAUAACCCAUAUGUUUUGCUUUCAGUUCUGUUGAGUUCAAUAAAGAGUAUUUGAUCUUUAA